UCUGAGAGAUUUACAGAGUUGUGAUAAACAUUCACUUUUGAACAAAUAAAUGCACCAAAGUUUCUAUAUUUCAUUAUGUUUAGCACACGUUUGAAGAGACUUACAAAACUGUAACCGAUCUUCUCUAUUGAUAUUCAUAAACCUGCAGAAACUUCUGGCAUUUUUGUUUCUACAUUAUUCGAGCAUCGGAUUCAUGUUUAUAAAUGUCGCCAAUAUUCUCAUCAUCCUAAACGAAGACUUGUUUCAACAGGAACAGGAAUAACUCCAGGUGUUUCAACUGAGAUCUGCGGGAUAAAACAUUGUAAAAUGAUGUUUAUUAAAGAAGAGAAUGAGGACAUGAGUUAUCCAGAAUCAUGCAGUUCAAAUGUCAUGAAAAAUGAAGAUAUUGAAGAACAAAGAGAUCUGAUUGUAAAAGAGGAAAAUCAAGAACUGAAUGAAGUGAAGGAGGAGAAACACCAUCCGGAUCAGACACUUCAUAGUUUCAAAACUGAACAAAACUCUUUUAGUGGCUCACACACUGAAACUUUAUCACAAAAGAGAACUAUAAGAACAAGAGUAAAACAUUCUUUUAUGUGCUGCCAGUGCGGGAAGAUUUAUGCACAUAAAGCAGAUCUUAAGCGUCACAUGAGAAAUCACACUGGUGAGAAGCCUUUCACAUGCCAUCAGUGUAUGAAGAGUUUUAAACGUAAAAACGUCCUUAUUGAUCACAUGAGAAUUCACACAGGAGAGAAGCCCUUCAAAUGCCAUCAGUGUGGAAAUUGUUUCAAAUGUAAAAAAAAUCUUAAUAGGCACAUGAGAAUUCACACUGGAGAGAAGCGUUUCAAAUGCCAUCAGUGUGGGAAGAGUUUCACAUGUAAAGAAAAUCUCACUAAUCACUUGAGAAUUCACACUGGAGAGAAGCCUUUCAAAUGCUAUCAGUGUGGGAAGUGUUUCAUACAGGCAUGCAAUCUCAAGAAACAUCUGCCUGUGCACUCUGAAGUAAAGUCAUAUAGCUGUGAUCAGUGCGGCAAAACAUUUUCUUCAGCAUCAGUCUUAAGGACACACUGGAAAAUUCAUCCAAAUGGGAAGCCUUACUUGUGUUCACUUUGUGGAAAAAGGUUUUCAUUUGUGCAGAGUUUUAAAGUCCACCAGAAAAAACACACCGGUGUGAGAGAUCAUGUGUGCUCUGAGUGUGGGAAAGCCUUUUACAGAGCUUGUGAAUUGGAAAUUCACAAAAGAAUCCAUAGUAGAGAAAAACCUUACAAGUGUUCACAAUGUGAAAAGAGUUUCACCUCUUCAGGAAAUCUGAAAAAACAUGAGAUAGUGCAUACUGGAGAGAAGCCGUACCACUGCAAAUCAUGUGGGAAGAGUUUCACCCAAUCAGGCUCUCUACAUACUCAUAGAAAAAAUCAUUGUUCAGGGUUACCACAAUGAGCAAAGUUACUCUUUAUUUGACUUGCUAAUGGUUUGAAAUCUUGUAGAAAAAAACAUUUUUAAUUUCUCUCAAAAGAACAAUUAUAAUUAAUGCUACAAUCAGAAAUUACAGGGACAAGCGCUCUGACGGCAUGUAAUGAAUUGCUCUUUUCAAAAAAAAAAUGUAUAUCGUAAUUUAUAUUAUAAGAUUAAUUAUAGGCCUAACCAAUAGGUGGUGCUGUCACCAAAUUUAUAUGGUGCAGUCAGAUUGUGGUGACAACGAUUUUCCAAAGCAUUGCCGAGAUACAGUCUUGGAUCGUUUUUGGCAUCUUGCCAUCUACUUUAUUGGUAUGCUUUUCAGGAACCGUUUUGUCUGUCAAACUUUUUGCUGUGAGUGUCCCUAGAUGAUAUACCCCAAAUUUUGUGCAAAUCAGAUGGCUGGCCUAAGAGGAGGUUCUCAAUUACAUUCAAAAUGGCGAAUAGGAAAUUUUUUCUGACUGUGGCAAACUGGGUAUCAUCAUACUCUACCUGACCCAAGGAAGCAUUUCUUAACAUUUCAUUAUAUCUUUUGACCACAAAGCGGCACUGGCCUUAAACUUAGUAGGUAUCUUCAGGGCUUUGUGCUGAUAAUGCUUACCAAAUUUUGUAAUAAAACAGCAAUACAUUUGUAAAAUCAAACAUUUUGCAACAAAAUUUAAAAUGGCUGACGCCCACUAUGUGACAUUUCAAACUUUGGCAUCAUUUGACUAUUCCCCCAUUGAAUCUAAAGAGACCUUAUGAUUUUAGGCCAAAGUAUUCAGACGUAAUUAGCAAAAUAGCUGUUUUUCUUUUCUGCUGACCAGUAGGAGUAGCUGUGCAAAACUGUUUAGACACCCACAAGUUAUGAUGGCUAUGACAUAUACAAAGUUUUGUUUCUAUAUGCAAAAGUGGGGUUUAAAGGGCUUCUAUGGGCUGCCAUACACUUCCAAGAGCGAAAAUAAUAAUAAGAAGAAUAAAACUAACAGAUACAAAAGGGGCUCUGCACCUUCGGUGCUUAGCACCUAAUUAAGUGGGUGAUUUGAUGAAUUACCUGUAAUAGCUGAAUUACCUGAAUGAGCUGUUACUGUAUGUAAGGGGUAGAUGUACAUUUGUACUUUUUCAUCAAAUUAAAAGGAAGUCAAAGCAUUAGUUUAGAAAACUGUUGUAAAAUUGUUUUCUUCUGUCUAAUAAAUAUGUUUUCCAGAUGU